UUGAAAAAUCUGUACACUAUAGCAGCUAUAAAAUAAAACCAUCUCCCUGGGUCCCAAUGGCUUUGAACUCCGUGCACCCUCCCCGCCCCGCCCCUCCCCUCCCCUCCCCUCAGUUGUAUGGCACGUACCUAAAGGCCGAAAGGCUGUACCUAUAAAACCAAAAUUAAAACCUCACCGCCGACUCCCCUUUCUUUUUAGGGUUCUCCUUUGCUUCCUAACUCCGAUACUGUAUCAUGGAUUCAUCAUCACCGCCGCCAUCAUCUUCUCUGCAGCUAGCAAUGGCGGCUCUAGUCGGUGCCUCACUAAUGGCAAUUUCUGCAUUUUUCAUUCACAAGCGCUCCGUCGACCAAGUCCUUGAUCGCCUCAUCACCAUCCGCCGCAAUUCUCUUCUCAAAGAAAAGGAAAAGGAAACCGUUGCAGUUGAUGAUAAAAAUCAUGAUGAAGAUGAAGAGCACGGAUCAGACGGUGAACUGAUUCUUAUUGACCGGAAAAUACUUGUGUCGCAUUCCUUGGAUGAUGAUACUGCAAUUCCAAGUUAUAGGAGGAUGUCGUCUUCCAUGCCCAAUGUCGUGUUGAUCAAUGAUUGGUUCGAUGAGGAAUCAAUGAGGUUUGGCCUUGGUUCUCACCGAGAAGACAAUAACCUCAAUUUCAUUCCCUUAGGGCUUCCGCCUCUGCAUACGGUUCCAAGACAAGGUGAUGAUAAGACUCUGAACUACUCUAGUUCUCUUAAAAGACUGGCAUCUAUGGGCAGGUUAAUGACUCCAAGGUCACCAAGUGGUAAUGCCUUUGAUUAUUCUGGGGAUUCUGAAGAUGAAGGAACGGCACUUGCUGAUGAAGAUACCACUAUUUAUUCUCAGAAUGUGGAUUCUUCAGCUGAUUAUAUAAAUGAUAUUGAUCCAAAAAUUCAAAAUUCUACCGCUCUACAAUUUAGUUAUGUUGAUAGUACAAAUAGUGUUCCCGGCCAAAAUUUUGAACAACAUGGUGACAGAAAGGGACAUGCAACUUCAGGUCAUCAAGUGGGAAGCAAUCCCGUUAUUGCUACCAUGAUUUUACCUCAACGAACUUCUGUACCUGAGUCAAUAAAUAUUGAAGAGGAAGAAGUGCGUAAGAUGAUUCGUGAAUGUUUGGAUCUGAGAAAUAGUUAUCUUUAUACGGAAAAGGUCGCUCCAUGGAUGAAGCAUUCUGUGGAAGAAUCUACUGCAUCAGAGGUGAAUACUGAUCACUUUGAACCUUUUCCAGCAACUUCACAUUGCUUUAGGAUGGAAGAUGGAGUUGUUCAUGUUUAUGCCAGUGAACAUGAUACUGUAGAACUUUUCCCUGUUGCUAGUGCAACCGCCUUUUUCACUGAUAUGCAUCAUGUCUUAAGAAUCAUGUCUAUCGGAAAUGUUCGCUCUGCAUGCUAUCUCAGGCUACGAUUUCUCGAGGAGAAAUUCCGCCUUCAUCUGUUAAUAAAUGCAGACAGGGAAUCCAUGGCUCAGAAGGGUGCACCCCACCGUGAUUUCUACAAUAUCAGAAAAGUCGAUACACAUGUGCAUCAUUCUGCUUGCAUGAACCAGAAGCAUCUCUUGCGUUUCAUCAAGUCAAAACUUAGAGAAGAACCAGAUGAGGUUGUUAUAUUCAGAGAUGGAAAAUACAUGACGCUAAAUGAAGUUUUUGAGAGUUUAGAUUUGACUGUGUAUGAUUUGAAUGUUGAUUUGUUGGAUGUCCAUGCUGAUAAGAGCACCUUUCACCGUUUUGAUAAAUUCAACCUCAAAUAUAAUCCUUGUGGACAAAGCAGACUCAGAGAGAUCUUUUUAAAGCAGGAUAAUCUCAUUCAAGGACGUUUCUUGGCUGAAGUAACAAAAAGAGUUUUAUCAGAUCUUGAGGCAAGCAAAUACCAGAUGGCCGAGUAUAGAGUAUCCAUAUAUGGGAGAAAACAAAGUGAAUGGGACCAGUUGGCAAGUUGGUUCAUUAAUAAUGCAAUUUACAGUGAGAAUGCUGUUUGGUUGAUCCAGCUUCCACGGCUUUACAAUGUAUACAAGCAAAUGGGAACAGUUACUUCGUUCCAGAAUAUUCUUGAUAAUGUUUUCAUUCCACUAUUCGAAGUUACAAUCAAUCCGAGCUCCCAUCCUCAACUACAUGUUUUUUUAAUGCAGGUUGUGGGAUUAGAUAUUGUUGAUGAUGAAAGCAGACCAGAAAGGCGUCCAACUAAACACAUGCCAAAGCCAGCUGAAUGGACCAAUGAGUUUAAUCCAGCAUAUUCCUAUUAUGCAUAUUACUGUUAUGCGAACUUGUAUACUCUUAACAAGCUUCGCGAAUCAAAAGGAUUGCCUACAAUCAAAUUUCGUCCACACUGUGGAGAGGCUGGUGAUGUUGACCAUUUGGCUGCUGCAUUCCUUCUAUGCAAUAAUAUAUCUCAUGGGAUCAAUUUGCGGAAAUCCCCUGUCUUGCAAUAUUUGUAUUACCUUGCUCAGAUUGGAUUGGCUAUGUCACCAUUGAGCAAUAAUUCCCUUUUCCUGAACUAUCAUCACAACCCAUUUCCUAUAUUCUUCCAGCGUGGCUUGAAUGUUUCUCUCUCAACUGAUGACCCCUUGCAAAUUCAUUUAACAAAAGAACCAUUAGUGGAAGAGUACAGUGUUGCAGCAAAGGUAUGGAAGCUCAGUGCAUGUGACCUAUGCGAGAUAGCGAGAAAUUCUGUUUAUCAAUCUGGAUUUUCCCAUGCAGCAAAGUUACAUUGGUUGGGUAGCAAAUAUUUUUUGCGGGGGCCAGAAGGAAACAACAUUCACAAGUCAAACGUACCCGAUAUAAGGAUUGUCUUUCGACACGAGACAUGGAAAGAGGAGAUGCAGUAUGUUUUCUUGGGGAUUGACAAAUUUCCUGAAGAACUAGAUUUCUGAGUGCGGUGUUGAAGAAUGAAGCAAUUCAUAAAUAGUCUCAUAUGCACAAGUGGGAAAUUCUAUCAGCAUCCUUGGAUGAGUUGGAUUUAGCAAUUUUACCGAGCAACCAAUGGCAAUAAAGCAGAAUGUUAAAUAGCUUUUCAGGGUUGAUGAGGCAAUUUUAUGUAGCACUAUCGUAUUGGUUCUGCAGGCAUUCAUGUUGAAACGAGCAAGUUUGCCUUUGCCUUUUCUUUUUCUUUUUCUUUUUCAAAACAAUGUAUUUUACUCCUUUUUUUAAAUAAAUAAAAAAAAAAAAACAAGCUGUGAGUCUUAAUUUCUAAAA